AUGGCAGACAAAUACGUGCUUAGGGUCACGGCUGGCCCUACCUAUGACCUCACAGGCCAUCAGGAGGUCCCAGUCAACGCUCCUGAUCUGGUCAAGGUCAGCACCGAGUUGAUGGACGUCGAGCUCAGCGUGCGCAUACAAAAUUUCAAAGGCCUGCCACGCAACUCACCCUCGACCUCGCCCUACUUCUCCCACGAGCCACACGCCACCAACAAGGACCAGUACAGCAUCGCCUUUCGCUUCACCCCAAAGGAUCCAUCUACAGGAGGGGGCAAGGACCCCGGUGGCAUCUCUGGCGCGGAUCUUCAGUUUGGCAACGACUUUGAUCAUCCCAUCCGCGACCGCCUUCCCCCUGGUUUCAGCUACGCCAUGAAGAUUGUCAAGUGGUGGAUAGACCCGGGCCUGGACGGCGAUCCAUAUGCAGACAGCCCCUACCUCUUCGGACCGGCACUGUCAUCCUGCAACACCAUCCACGUGGGGCCAGCCGCUUUCGACGAGGCCAAGGGCGGCCUGUGGGUCGAGGAGGGAGCGUCUGACGCCGAUGCCAAGGGCUGGCGGCAGGAUGUCGGGGCACCCUCGGACGGCAAGGCCCGUAUGAAGUGGGCUCUGCAGGAACAGAGCAAGGAGGACUGGGUCUGGGAGUACGGCCGGACCUACGCUGUCGAUUUCUUCAACGCCUAUAUUGACUUUAGCGAGUUCGCGCUGAGGCUGCCCGGCUAUGCCGUUCCCAUCAUGAAGUAUUGGGAUGGGCAGGGUCUCAGGAAAAAGCGCUCACAUCAGCUCAGAUACGUUCUUCGAAAUCGGACAACCAAGCAGGUCUAUCUUGUCAUCCUCUUCACUCUCUACCUCAAGGAGGACGUCAAUGAGGAUGGGUCACUCAAGCCAGAGGCUGCCCGCGCCUACACCGCUGAGGCGGCCCCCCUCACCCUCGAGCAGGAGGCUGCUAUAGCCAACGAGGAGGACGCCAAGGAACCCGACUUUGAUGGUGAGGCGGCUCUGGAGGCGGCCAGGAAACACCUUGGCGACGUAGAUCUCACCACUGCCACUCAGAAGGACAAUACGGCGGCGGCCGAGGAUGACGAUAUCGACUAA